AUGAGCUUCGUUCCGAAGCAAAUAGUGGAAGAAGGGGCAAUAGGAUCGGAUAAAAACAAUCUUGAUCGGUUACCGCCAUCAUACAUGUACUCGAUCAUUUUCAAAGAUAUUAUAUUAGAAAUCAAUGACGAUGACUCUAAAUCUAUGGACACCUUAGUGAAAUUUUGCCAAAAACAAAAUAUUUCUGAAACACAAAUCAACGAAUUUAAGUGUGAGUACCACUCGAAAUCAGCAUUUUGGUGGUAUACGAAAGAGAUUUUUCUCUACGGUAUGCUUAAUCGUGGGUUAAGAUCGCUUGAUAUGGAAACGAUGUGCAAAUUAGGAUUUUUCAUUCGAAGCCUUCAUCUGCAACUGAAACAAUUACACCAGGAGCAGUCGGCAAGUUUCCAAACAGCUUUUACCGUUUAUCGUGGUCAGGGACUCAGCCAACCUGAUUUUCAGAAUCUAUUUGAUUCAAAAGGUGGACUCCUUUCGUUUAACAACUUUUUAUCGACUAGUAAGAAACAAAAAGUGGCCACAUCAUUUGUUCAAGGUACCCUAGAGAGAAACCCAGAUAUUGUGGGUGUUAUGUUUAUUAUGACAAUAGAUCCAAGUAAAAUAUCAACUUCAAUCACACCAUUUGCUAUGAUUGAUAAGCACAGUGCUCUUCCACGAGAACAAGAAAUUCUAUUUACAAUGCACAGUGUUUUUCGUAUUGUUGAAAUUACACAGACGCCUAGUAAUAGUCGUCUUUGGGAAGUACAAUUGACUAUUACUGACGAGAGUGAUCCACAACUUUCUACUCUUACCAAUCACAUCAAAGAGGAGGUUCAAAGUUCGAAUGAAUGGUAUCGAAUGGGUAAAUUAAUGCUUCAAGUGGGCCAUUUCGAUCAAGCUGAGGAACUCUACAAUGAACUACUUAAGGGUGCUUCCACUGACAGUGAUAUAGCAUAUAUCUAUCACGAAUUAGGGAGAGUCAAAAAAGGCCAAGGAGAAUAUCAAGAAGCGGUUAAAUUCUACGAAAAAUCACUCGAUAUCAAGCGGAAAACUCUUCCAGAAGAUGAUGUUUCAUUGGCUGAUACUUAUGGUAACAUCGGUGCAGUGUAUGACAGCAUGGGUGAAUACUCGAAAGCACUGGAAUAUUACGAAAAAGCAAAUAAAAUCUUUGAAAUAUCUCUGC